GUGGCCCUCUGCUCUAAUCUACGACCUGGUAACUCAUCGCUAGAAAUGCCAACCAAAAUUCGCUCGGCCUCACAUGCUGGAAGCUGGUACACGGAUAACGGUUCGCCGCACUGUACCUGCACACAGGGGACAUGAAUAUCGAUUAAUUACUCUUGCAGGCUCACUACUUGACUCCGAGCUAUCUGGAUGGCUCCAAAACGUCCUACCUACAGAUGAAACAUUCCCCAUCCCAGGAUGUAAGGCAAUUAUUGCACCGCAUGCGGGUUACUCUUAUUCCGGUCCUGUUGCAGCUUGGGCAUACAAAGCCAUAGAUACUUCCGGGAUCCGUCGUGUCUUCAUACUUGGUCCUUCUCACCACGUAUACUUGGACGGGUGUGCCCUUUCCUCUUGCACAGACUACGCUACACCCAUCGGGGACCUACCGCUUGACGUUGAAACUAUACUUGAGCUCAAAGAAACCGGAAAGUUUGCGACUUUCGACUUGGAGGAUGACGAGGCAGAACACAGUCUUGAAAUGCAUUUACCGUACAUCAGGAAGGUGUUUGAGGGGAAGGACAUUAAGAUCGUGCCAAUCAUUGUAGGCGCGAUUUCCGUGGAAAAGGAGUCCAACUUUGGAACUCUUCUUGCCCCUUAUCUUGCCCGAAGCGAUACCCUUUUCGUCAUAUCUAGCGACUUUUGUCACUGGGGGACUCGGUUCAGCUACACGUUUUACUACCCCAAACCCUCGCCCAGUGAUGGAAUACGGUUGUCACGAACUGUCGGUCCUUCGUCUGACUACCCUAUCUACGAAUCUAUUCGACAGCUAGAUCACGAAGCUACCACCAUCCUGACUAUCCCACCUUCGACUGCAUCCGAGACCCACGCCCAAUUUGCAAAGUAUUUGGUCAAGACCAAGAACACGAUAUGUGGUCGACACCCCAUUGGCGUCCUCCUCGGUACCUUAACCGCUUUGGAAAAGCAGAAAGAGAGCACCGUUCGACCUACGAUCAAGUGGGUUCGUUACGAGCAAAGCAGCGCUUGCGAAACGGUCAAAGAUUCCAGUGUUAGUUACGCCAGUGCUUGGAUAAAGUUGUAG